GUAGUACAGACGCUGUAUACAGUUCGGGUCGAUCACGUCGUUUAUUCCUCGACGCGCCCCUUUAAAUUAUAUCACAUUGUAGUGAACAAUUUUCUGUGAAAAACCAUCGCAUCUGACGAAGAAAUCGUUCACAAUGUCCGUUUCAGACGAUGAAGUUAGAGACGAGUAUACUGACGGAACUGUUCGGAUAAGAAAUCCUAAUAUCGAGCUUAUGGAUCAAGAUAUUCUAUAUCAUUUGGCUUUAGGAAGUGAGUCCCAUGAUUUAGUGGAAAUGUUUGGUGAUGUGAAGUUUGUUUGUAUGGGUGGAACGCCGAAACGAAUGAAAGAUUUCGCUCAUUAUAUUAUGAAGGAAAUUGGGCACAAAUUACCAACUGGGACGUGUUUAUCCGAUAUCAGCCAGUAUUCUUAUAGAUACAGCAUGUUUAAAAUAGGACCAGUUUUAUCCGUUUCUCAUGGAAUGGGGGUUCCUUCAAUAAGUAUUUUACUCCACGAAAUGAUUAAAUUGAUGUACCACGCGAAAGCUAAAGAUCCAAUUUUCUUUAGGAUAGGCACUUGCGGGGGAAUCGGGGUUGAAGGAGGAACUGUAGUUAUUUCUGAAGAUUGUGUUGAUGCAAUGCAAAGAAAUUAUUACGAAGUGCCAAUUUUGGGAAAACCACUUCGAAGACCAGCCAAGCUCGAUAAAAGAAUUAUCCGGGAGCUUAAAGCUUUAUCAAGCGUUGAGGAUCCUUACGAGACAGUCAGUGGAAAAACAAUGUGUGCUUUUGAUUUUUACGAAGAACAAGCGCGAUUGGAUGGGGCGUUUUGCGAAUACACCGAAAAUGAAAAAUUGAAUUAUCUUAACGGGUUAAGAGAAGCCGGUGUUGUUAAUAUUGAGAUGGAAAGUGUUCCUUUUGCGGCUUUAACACAUCACGCAGGAAUUAAAGCAGCAAUCGUUUGUGUUGCGUUACUCGAUAGACUUAAAGGCGAUCAGGUUUCAACGCCUAAAGAAGUUUUGAACGAGUAUCAAUUGCGUCCUCAGAAGCUUGUUGGAAAGUAUAUAACCCGUUAUUUACAGCAUAAAGGUCGAAUAUCGUUCGAAGGGCAUGGAUCGAUGGCUGUAAAGAGUCCGAGAAGGUUCAAAUUGGUCCAACAAGAAUCAGAGACUUUUGAAUAAGUUAAAUUAACCAACUUUUCUCCGCAUUGAUAUUAAUCGAUAUUUGAUGAAAUAUAAGAAUAAAUAAUGGUGUGUGUUUCUAGUAAGAAUUGAAUUAAAAAAAAUAAACAAGAAUUAAAAACCGUAGUGAUUUGGAAAUAGUUUUAAGAAAUAAUCGCCGCUUAAUUAUUUAUUGUUGAUUUAUUUCGUUAAAAUAAAUAGAAUCGAUUGUAAGAUUAAAAAAGAAAUGCGAUGUGAUUGAAAAAAAACUAAAAAAUUCACAUAUCAUCAAUUUACUUCCACUUUUUAUCUAAUUAAAAUAACUCUUAUUUAAAUUAUUAUUUAAUUAAACUA